AUGGGUGUGGUAGCAACGAUGAGCCCGUCGCCACCGGUGAUCAGGAUUGCAAUUGCAUUCGGCAUUCUGUUUGCGGGACUGCUCUACUAUCAAAAGCUCCGCGCGAGAUCGAAGGCGCCAUUACCUCCCGGACCGAAAGGGGAACCCAUCAUAGGACAUUUGCGCAUCAUCCCGAAGUCUCAUCCUGAGUACCAAUAUACACAAUGGGGAAAGGAUUACGGAUCUGACGUUCUUUAUUUCAACGUUCUCGGUCGCCCAAUUAUCGUCCUGAACAGUGUCGAGGCUUGUCAUGAUCUGCUGGACAAGAGGGGGCCGAACUACAAUGACCGCCCUCGAUUUGUGCUGUUCGAAGUCAUGGGAUGGGGUAUCACGCUCACUUUUCUUCGAUGGGGAAAGAGAUUCAAGCUGCACCGAAAAUUGAUGCAAAGCUCCUUCACGCAAUCCGCGUGCAAGAGCUAUCGCCCGAUUCAAGAACAAGAGGCCCGCCUGGCGGUCAAGGAGAUCCUGGCCAAUCCUCCAGACUGGGAGUCGUUGCUCCGGAAGUACGCCACCGCGGUUGUUUUGCGCAUUGGCUUCGGUCUAGGCGUCUCGCAGAAAGAUGACCCCUACGUCAAGAUGGUGCUCGACGCGGAAGAAGCCACAGGCAAAGGUGGCGUCCCGGGGGCCUCGGUCGUGGAUUUCUUCCCUGCAUUGAGGUAUCUUCCCACCUGGCUGCUGAAGUUGAACGUGUUGGAACACGCCCGGGUCUCCAAGGCAUACAUCCAAAAGUUGCACGAUGCGCCCUGGGAGGCGACGGAAGCCGAGAUCCGAAAUCGACAGGCCGCGCUUCCAUCCUUCAUGCGAACACAUCUCGAAAGAUACCUGGAGAAUGAGAAAUCGGGCAAGGUUAACGAGGCCACGAUCGCCGAUAUCAAGGGUGCCGCUGGUGCGAUAUCCAUUGCGGGUGCAAACACAUCAUGGUCCACCAUCAUGGUCUGCAUUCUCAACCUGCUCCUCCACCCAGAAAUCCAAAGGAAGGCCAGGGCAGAAAUAGACGCCGUGGUCGGGACAGACCGCCUUCCUGGGUUCGAGGACCGGGAAAACCUCCCCUACAUUGAGCAGAUUCUCCAAGAAACCACACGAUGGUGUCCCUUGUCCCCCCUGGGGGUGCCGCAUGCGACGCUGGAAGAUGACAUUUACAAAGGCAUGCUCAUCCCCAAGGGCAGCGUGGUUUUUGCAAACGCAUACGCAAUGACCCACGACGAGCGAGUCUACAGUGAUCCUGACGCGUUCAAUCCGGAUCGCUAUACACCGACAGACCAGGGGGGAAGAGGGGAGCCAUUGCCCGAGGGAUCGUUCGGAUUCGGCCGAAGAGUUUGCCCUGGUCAGUGGCUCGCCAUGGCAGGGGUCUAUAUCAUGGUCGCCACUUUGCUUGCUACCGUUGACAUGUGCCCUGCGGUCGGGUCAGAUGGGAAUGAAAUUGCACCAUCCGUCAGUUUCACGGAUGGACUAUCCAAUGUUCCCGAUUCUUUCGGUUGUGUGAUGAAGUUACGUUCGGAAAGGGCAAGACAACUGCUCGAAGAGUGGUCGGACCAGGUGCAUUAGACCCUUUCCGUAUCAUGGUCUCGUAUAUGCUCUAGAUAGCUUGAGCCAAUUCUAUAUCGAGGGCCAGGAAAUAAAAAGCCCCCAUUGCUU